CAAGCCAUACAUAUCUAGCUACCUGAUUAGACCAUGGGUAACACACAGCAGACCGGCGUCAAGGAGGAUGAUCAUGGUGGCGGCGGCAACCAGCUCUUCGUUUUCCUUGAUCAGGUCCUGGCCGGCGUUGCUGAAAACCCUCUCGCCGGAGGGCAUGACUUUGAGGCAACCUCCAUGUUGAAAAAUUGCAGGAUAAACAACACUGAUGCAUACGGAGGAGGCAUCAGCAGCAGGAGCAGGACAUCACGGCGGGGGCGGCGGCCGGUGCCGGAGGGCGUGCAGUUCGUGCUCAACACUUUACCGGUUGACCCAAGCUGCAUUGGGGACGGUGAUGGCUUCACUGCUCAUGUGAUGGAGAUGGCAGGUGAUACAAACAACCGAGCUCCAAAGCAAUGCCGAAUAAGAAUGAGAGGGAUUGAUGCACCGGAGCUGAACAUGGAAUAUGGGAAGAAGUCAAAGAAAGGGUUGGUGAAGCUUAUUGGAGAGAAAUGCGUUGAGAUUCAUGUGUAUGGGAUGGACCACUUUGAUCGAUAUAUUGGUGACAUCUACUGUGACGGCGUCUUUAUCCAAGAACAAAUGCUGAAAAGGGGCUUGGCCUGGCACUUCAAAAAAUAUGACAAACGUCCUGAAUUCGCACAAUGGGAGAGAGAAGCGAAAAUGGCACGCGUAGGGCUUUGGAUAUCAGAUAAUCCUCAGACACCAUGGGACUGGAGGAGGGAUCAUCCCAUGAACAAAAAAAAGGAGAAUGCAGAUGACAUUCAGGGUCCUACUCCUGCAGUAGGUGAUGUGAAGGCCGGAGGAGGCGUGUCGAUGACCGACAAGAACAUGAACACGAACUACGCCACCCUGGCGGGCGCGGUCGCUGGCCUAAGCGCCAUAGGAGCGGGACUCUACCUCAUGUCCAAGCCUAAGAAGACAGAAGAGGUUGUUGACGACUGAAGGCGCCGCCUUGGUUGCCUGAGAUGAUGAUAAUAAAUUUCGAUGUAACCUUGUGAGAAUCUGAGACUGAGAUGUUGUUUUGCUACAUACAUUGUGUUGUUGCUAUAGUAGUUUGUUUCGUUCAUAUAUAAGGUGGUUUUGUCAUGUGAAUUGUCCUCCUCCCAGAUCUGUAAUUUGUUUAUCUUUUGGUCUUAGUGGUAAA